AAAAAACAAAAAAUAAAAAUGGUGGCAUCAAAGAAGCUUUUUGCAGUGUUUCUCAUUUGCAUUUUUGUGAUUUUUUCAUGUGUGGACAUCUCCAUGGCUACCAAAGAAAUAAAUGAUGAAAAAUUCAGAAACACAUAUGAAGAUAUGGCUGUUGAAUAUGAAAAAUGUUGCACUAAAUGUGUAAUUUUAUGUGCUGCUAGUGGCAAGGAAAAAACUGCUUGUGAGACUCAUUGUGGAGGUGAAUGUGUUGCUCAGAUUCUCCAAGAUUUUGCAGAAGAUAUUGAUAAAAUGAAACAUUAAUUUGAAGCCCUCAAGAUGGACCAGGAUGCAAAAUAUUUCUUAGAGAGAAAGAAGAAUAAAACAAUGUUUUUUCAUCUGUGACAUUGUACUUUGUAAUUUUUCAGAUUCAAUAAAUUCGUUUAAUUUUCUAGUUUUUAGAUUCAAUAAA